UCUGAAAUCUGAAUCUGAAAUCUGAAUCUGAAAUCUGAAUCUGAAAUCUGUAUCUGAAAUCUGAAUCUGGAAUCUGAAUCUGAAAUCUGAAUCUGAAAUCUGAAUCUGAAAUCAGAAUCUGAAAACAGAAUCUGAAAUCUGAAAUCCUAAUCUGAAAUCUUAAUCUGAAAUCUGUAUCUGAAAUCUGAAUCUGGAAUCUGAAUCUGAAAUCUGAAUCUGAAAUUUGAAUCUAAAAUUUGAAUCUGAAAUCUGAAUCUAAAAUUUCAAUCUUAAAUCUAAAUUUGAAAUCGGAAUUUGUUUCUGAUUCUGAAAUCUGAAUCUGAAAUCCGUUUCUAAAAUCUGAGUCUUAAAUCUGAAUCUGAAAUCUGAAUAUCAUAUUUGAUCCCUAAAUUUAAUUCUGAAAUCUGAGUCUGCAAAGCUGAAUCUGAAAUUUAAGUCCUAAACUUGAAUCUGAAAUCCGAAUUGGAAUCUAAAAUCUUGAUCUGAAGUAUGAAUCUGAAAUCCGAAUUUGCAUCUGAAAUCUGAAAUCGCAUAUUUCAAUUUGAAAUCUAAAAUCUUGAACUUUAUUAUUCAUAAACGACAUCCAAUAUCAGGCUGGAAAACAACACGCAUCAAUGCGUGUCGACCAACUAAUAACGUAAGGAUAGCCAGCCGCAGUAGCUAGCUUGAGCUUCAAGCAGAAGUUCGUUAAUUCUAAAUUAAAUCGACCCGAGCGUGAGCCGAUGAUGAUCCAAUGCGAAUCUCGGCUACAGUCGGACGUUAUUAGCAGUACUGUUAUGCGAAGUUUAACGCAUUGAAAACUGUCACGAAGAUUUCCUCAAAACUGUCACGGAGCUUUAAAGGCUAUCAUAUCCACGAGCAAACUUUCGCAUGAGGUAAACCAAGGCGUCGUUGUACAUCGCACGAAUGCGCCUUUUAAAACUGUCGGGGAAGAAAUAUUCGGAAAGCUUUCACCGAAGUGGAUCCCGCAUGGAGCAGUAUUAUACACUGAAUCAUUAGUAUUAUUAUGUUCUGAUUACAGUAAUAGUGACUAUUCUAGUAAUCGUUCUAAAAUCUUCCUAUUUUUGACUUACUUUUUCAUUUUUCAUGUGUCUUCGCUUGGAAUGAUUAAAAAAUAUUAUUAAAAGAUACGGGUAAUAAUCCUUAAAAUAAAACUCAUUAUGCAUCUGAGUGUGUCUUCACUAAGCAAAACAAAAUAAAAUGGCGUGUGGUUUUGCAAAAGGAUCCGAAAACUUCCUUUCCUUCAAAAUUAUAAGCUUAAAUAUCUGAACACCGCCAAUGGCCUGCAAUCUUAAGGCAGAUGGCCCGGAAGCUUCAAAAGCAGUGAGGCGAAAAUUUGCGGUUACGUAGCAAAUUCCGAUUGAAGCAAACAUCGGAAUCCAGCUAGCAAACAGCAUUUCAGAUCCUGUACUGGAAAUACGGCACCGAUGCUUGCUGCGUUUGCCUGCCGGAACCCCAACCCAAAAAUUAGCAACUGUCGGCUGCUGCUGGUUUCUCGAGGGCACUUGGCAGACAUCUUCAGGUGAGACAUGGUGGCUCGAUUGGCUUGUCCUCCACCGUGAUGCAUCUGAGAAUUUGCUUCGAAUAUCCCCAAGCUUGGUGCACGCUGUCCGCCGCAGUCCUUAACGUUACAAAUCCGUCAUCAAGGAUGAGCAGGGAAUUGUGAUGAACGCCACAACAGUGGCUGACUGUUCUGUAGCAGUAUAACCAUCAUGGGUGUUCCCGAAGGAAAACUAAAGCCAGUAAAAAAGCAGCUCCCGGCACACUCGACUAGCUCUAGGUGUUGCAGCUGCAACCGACCAGGAUGUAGUCGGAGAAAAUCGAACUGGAAGCACAAGCAUCAGUUUGAGAAUGGGCCUUUUGUCUUUGCUGGCUGAUGUCCUCGCAGAUUGCACUGGAAAAUCUGCUUACAACAGUGACAACGAUGAUUCAUCCUCCAGGUAAUCGGAUCGGCACGAUGAAUUCAGAACCGUACUCCCACGACUUAAACCUCGUUGCAUAGAGCCGGCAAUAACGACACCUCCAGAUCCGAUUCUGGUGGUCUGAUGAUUGUUCUCGAGUACCAAGAUUUUCUGGGUAUCACCAUAUAUUGGUUAAAUAUUCUGAAAACGAAAACUGGUUCUGCAUAAAUAUUGCGAAAUAUUCCAGCUUCAAUCAACUACAGUUCCAUUUUUGUUAGGCCACUAUUUACCAGAAACGUCCCUCAUAGCCGGACCAUUCGGAUUUCGUUAAAUUGCACUCUACCAUGCUGUUUUUUUCUUCGAACAUCUCAUCGAAACUAAACGGGUUGAAAUUAGCACCGAUUGAACAAAAGGGCCGCAUUGUUAUGAAAGAUUUACUACAAGCGAUCCGGAAAUUCAUUUAGUUCCUGAUUGACUGACCCACACUAACGAACCCUCUGAUAUGCGACCAAGGACAGGAUCAAUGUAUACAUUAGGGAAAUGUUGAAAGUGAAGAAUGCAAAACCUAUCGAUCUCCUGCUCUCUGGUGUGCCUUAUCAUACUGGGCAGUGCCGCACUGGUCGGUGCCUUCGGCGUUUGUCAGCGGCAAAUCAGCGCCGUGUUGGUCACCGGAGUUAUGUACCUGUUGGCCGCGCUGUUUGCUCUCUUCACCCUGAUGAUAAUACACUUCAAGCGUCAACAAGGACGUCCCCCAACGGAAACAGACUUCACCGUUUCCAUCGAUGGAGUGGUGGCCAGCAAGUCAGAUCUGAUGUACGCCCAGCCACUUCUAGAUGCCCGUAUCAUCGUUACUGCCUGGAGUCUUGACCUUGGCUGGGGUGGCGUAGUGUUGUGUGCAUUUACUUCGUUUCUUUGGAUUUUGCUGUCCAAGAUUAUGCGAUUCAACCCACUGUCGGCAAUGAUUUGAUGAUUCAAAAUCAAAUUCAAUAAAGUUGCAGCCUACAAUGUCACAUAGAUCGGCAAGCGUAAUGGGCACCAAACCAAGAGUCUCUUCUCUAUCCAAUUAACAGUUCUCCGUCAAAUUGCCCCUUUGAGUCUAGUCAGAUGUUGAUUUUGAAAUGAUCAGUAGUGGCCUAUCCAAUAUACACAUUAAACCACCCAUCUAACGAAUUCAGUACCACCUCCUAGAUGCUAUCAAAUAAUGAACGAAUUAUCUCACAACUAGAUUUAAAUGACAACACUCAAAACUUGAAGACUUUUAAAGACGAAAGUCAAGCUACUAACAACGCUGAUGAAUAUACACGUUUUUUAUGUUUUGCUGUACAACUCCUCAAACAGGAAACUCUCAAGCUUUGGCUGCUAUCCAAAGAGUACAAGUUUAUCAACAAAAAGUAGGUUCUUAAAAGCUUUUUUGCAGCAGCUAGAAUUAUACAAAACAAACAAAAAAAAACGAAAAAAAUGCAAUGCUUUCAUUGCCAAACAAAAACUUUAUAUUCUGGGCAUUUGAUUCCUUUCCAAAAUUCCCCGGUAUUUGAUAAUUAAAAGCACAAAUCAAGCCAUAAUCAGAGAAAGGCAAAAUCAGUAUUCAGAAAGGAAACAAAAAACACACACAAACCAACCAUAAACUGGAGACAGAUUCAAUGACAUAUUACUCGAUGUAACUCGACAUAUUUUAUGUAAAUGCUUUGCCUUAACAAAUAACAACAAAAACGCAUUAAACUUCACUAUACCUAUCUAUGAAAAUAAAUUGAAAUCUCAA